CCGAUUGUCUUUUCCUCCCGCUGCGGUUGCCUGCGAACUCCUUCCUUCCCAAGUUAAACUGGAAAAGUGGGACAAUCUCCUCGUGGCGCGGUGAGACCGAACUUCGCUCGCUCCUCGCGUGGCUCCGGGAAGAAAAUGCCCCAGCUCAGCAGCGGCGGUGGCGACGAUCUGGGAGCCAACGACGAGAUGAUCGCCUUUAAGGACGAGGGCGAGCAAGAGGAGAAGAUCCAGGCCAACGUCUUCACCGAGGGCGAUCUGGCUGACCUCAAGUCCUCCCUGGUGAACGAGUCCGAAAGCACCACCGGCGGCGGCGGCGGCGGCGGCGGCAACCAGCCCUCUGGCGCGGCGAGCAGAGCCGCGGCGGCUGCAGAAUCCCACUCCGAGGCAAUCAGGCGCCUGCAAGAUCCUCAAAGGGUCUAUCCAGAGAAACUCCCGGAUCACAUGGAGGAUGGUCUAAAGCAUCAGGACCCAGGGAUGUACAAAGGAUCUGCUUACUCUGGAUACCCGUUCCUCAUGCUGUCCGACCCUUACCUGCCAAAUGGGUCCAUGUCACCUCUGUCCAACAAGGUGCCUGUAGUACAGCCGUCCCAUGGUGUUCACCCGCUCACCCCUCUCAUCCCGUAUAGCAACGAACAUUUCAGCCAUGGCUCCCAUUCACCUCAUCUGCCAGCCGACAUCAGCCAGAAACAAGGUGUACACCGUCCUUCUCAAACAUCAGAUAUUUCUGGGUUCUAUUCCCUCCCUCCAAGUGGGGUUGGACAGAUAACACCUACUAUGGGAUGGCAGAGCCAGCCUGUCUGUCCUUUCCAGUCAUGUGGAUUUAGACAGCCCUAUACGUCGGCGCUCCCAGCUGGGGCUACUUUCUCCAGGAUCACACAUCCCUUGGUGCUUGGCUCUGGGAUGCAUACAACAGGAAUUCCACACCCGGGGAUCACCUCUCCCUCUGGCAAACAAGAAAUUGAUAACUAUGACCGAAGCAUGAAAUCGCAACCAGAACCAAAGAGAGAGAAGGAAGCCAAGAAGCCCACUAUCAAAAAGCCCCUUAACGCUUUUAUGUUGUAUAUGAAAGAAAUGCGGGCAAAGGUCAUUGCUGAGUGCACCUUGAAAGAAAGUGCAGCCAUCAACCAGAUCUUAGGAAGGCGGUGGCACGCGCUUUCGCGGGAGGAGCAAGCCAAGUACUAUGAACUGGCCCGCAAGGAAAGGCAGCUUCACAUGCAGCUCUAUCCAGGCUGGUCUGCAAGAGACAACUAUUCUUCUUCAGGCUCUUCAUCCCGUGAUCACACAAAGUUUAACUCAGGGCCCCUGGAAUUCAGCAGCACUUCGGGGCCGGUUUCUGCGGCAAGGGGGAAAAAGAAAAGACGAACAAGAGAAAAACAGCAAGACUCCAACUCAGAUCCUGCCUCUCCUAAGAAAUGCAGAGCCCGCUUUGGCCUCAACCAACAAAUGGACUGGUGUGGUCCAUGCAGGAGGAAAAAGAAGUGCAUUCGGUACCUACAAGGAGAAGGACGCUGUGCCAGCCCAGUUUCUUCCGAUGGAAGUGCUAUAGAUUCCCCUCCCUCCCCCUUGGAUGUGCCCCAGUGCACAUCCUCUGCUUUUACUUCAGACAAGCUUGCUGUCCCUGCUGAUGUCACACACCAAAACCAAGCCACUCUCUUCCCUGUAUCUGUGCAUAACAAAACUGCUACAAACACAUCAGAACUCACUUCUAAAUGUUCAGCGGUGCCUCAUAUUCCCAGAGCACCCAGUGAAUCCUCAGGGUACAGCAUGGUUUCAAUAGGAACAUAGUACUAACGCAGCAACGAUCAGCGAGGCUUGCAAUUCAUCAGGCACUUUGGUGAGUGGUUUAACUGCCUAUGGAAGCUGCCCAGAGACAUCUCCAGCCUUUCCACCUUGCCAUCAAAUGGUGAUCUCAAAAGUCAUGUGAAAAUCAAGCCAGUAAUCGGAAAACACUGGAGCACUGAAAGUGCUUUUCCUCUAGGUAAGCAAAGCAUAAGUUUCUCUUAAAAAUUAGAAAUGAAGAGUCAAAACUUAAUUCUUGUUGGAAAGUGAAUUUCAUUGCAUCAUCCAUCUCACCAGCUAAAAAAAAAGCACACAGGUUUUUAAUAGAAACUGAGAGGUGCUACAAAUGUUGACACACAAUUGUUUCUUGUAUCCAAAGAUUUGAGUUUCAGUCAGCACAGAUAUUACACAAGGAUGCCAAAACAGGAGGAGCGCUUUGGUUUUUUACAAGCCCAAACGACAAGGGAGGAAAUGUAAAAUGCUGAUGAGACAAUGUAGAAUACAUUAUUAUACCUCAAUCUUUGGGAGCAAGUGUUGACUUGAGGUAACAGGUUUCUUUACAUAUAUAAACAGGAACUGGAGAUUCCAGCAACUUGAAAAUAGAAAUUUAUCACAUGGUAAAAGAAGUAUGCAUGGGCUGCUUGAAUGACUGCCAAGUAUUCAUUUUGAUUACACAAAGACAUGCACUGGGAGGACUGUGGCAUUCCAGAUACACAAGAACAUCCAAGUUGUCUGCUAAGAAACCCUGAAUGCUGCAAUCUGUCUUAAGUAUAUAAAAUUCACAAGUGCUUAUUUUGUAUGAUUAUGUUGUUAGUCAUGGGAGGGAGGAAGCAACUGAGAAUCUAUACCGUCAAUCACUUGGAAUCAUAUAUAGCACCCCUUUUGAUUUCUCAAUGUUUACUAAGAUUCAUACACCACACAUUUUUCAAGCUUGUUGUGGCAGCCAUAAAAACUAAAAGAAAAGCUGAAAUUCUGAUGCUGGCAAAUUCUAUACUCAGUAUGCUGUUUAAGAUAGAAUGAUGGAAUGUGCUCAGCUCUGUCUGUUAGAAAGGGUAUGCGAAGUAAUAUUAGACAGAGUAGCAAUGCCCAAGAGCACUGACAUUCCAUUAAUGGCUUAGUUUCUGCAUCCCCUUUUGUACAUUUAAAAAGCAGUUAUUUGAACCCGCACUCCCUAAAUGUCUUCAGAGGGCUAGGCAAGGUUGACUGCUUAUGAGCACUAAUGCCCGUAAGCAUCACAGAAGUUGCUUUCCUGGGGUAUUCAUUAGAGCUGGCACUAUUUUUUACAGAAGACAUCUCCACCCCCCACCCCACCCCAGUCCAUGAAAUAGAAUAGCAUAGCGCUGUGAAGUACUGGAAAAAUGAUGGGGAAAUGCACACUCUGAAAAAGCUAAACAUUUUCAGUGAUCAGAAAGCAGUUCUACAUCCCUCACAGUGGUACAUACUGUAGACCCCACUAAGAAUGAAGCAAGCUAUCACAGAAGUAAAAACAAAAACUGAACCAGAGCUAACACACAGAGACCAUAGUGUGUAGAAAUAAAGCUAAACCACACAAUAGCCACUCCAUCCCAAAAGCACUGAAUGAAGCUGAAAAUGGAUAAAGGCUUGCAUGCAAUUUGCUACCAUGCUAAUAUAUUUAAUUUUACCUGUUCUUGCUUCUGUGACAUUCUUCUCUUAACAGCCUGAUGGACUGGCAGUAUCAAAACUUUUCCAUUUGCUUGAACUGAUGCCAAACAUAACAUGAGCUUACUAGUGAUAUAUAUUUCCAGGGUAUAUUUAUAGAGAAUGCCUUCCCCAUUCUUUGUAAUUUUCUGGCUAUCAAAUCCAGUUCCAACUAUUUCAGAUUUUAUUUUGACUUGAAAAUCAAUUAAUAGUGUGUUCGUACGCAUGUCUACUCAACAAGAAGUCUCACUGCGUUCAAUUAGGCUUAAUCCCAGGUAUAUCAGGUAACAGCCUUAAAAUCCCCCAAACAACCAGGUGAAUCAUAGGAAGUGAUCCAUGAAAAUACUCAGCUAUUUCGGAUUUUCGAAACCAUGUCUCUUUCCUGUUUGGAAAAAAAGUAUUUACUAAAGGAGAAACAACUAACACAAGGAUGGAUUUGGGGGAUUAUCUUCUACUUUACACAUAACUUUUUAAAUCCAAGAUACCAAAUACCAUAGAAUAAUUAAUGCAGGGCUGUCAAUGCAACCUGAAAGCACCUUCUUUAAAAUCUGAACUAUUCUUGUGUUUUAAAGCAAAUGCACAAAGACCUAAAACAAUUUGGAGUAAAAGCGCAAUUUAAAGCUUGUUUGCACUAGUAUAUCCCCCUCUAUUUCUAGCAGUAUUCUAAAAUAUAUUCCUAGACAAUCCAUAAAAGUUGCAUAAUUGUAUUAACAUGCAAGCACAACAGCACCGGCACAAAGGUACAAAGCUAAAAAGCCAAUGUGAUCCUAUAGAUUAAACAUAUUCUGACUACCAUAUACAAUUGACAUAUUCUAGAUUUGCUCCACUUCAGGUAAUUUCAAUCUGUUUUUCAGAGAUGAAUGGAGCAUGUAUAUUUUUGAGUCUGUAUAUUUUCUGGUGAAAUAUUUAUAUACCCAACAAAUGACAUUUUUUCUUAUUUAAAAAUAAUGUUUAAAUGUUUUCCUGUCAUUUUAAAGAACAGCAACAUUGAAGCAAAACACAAACCUGUAAAAGCUGGUUUAUCUUUGCUUUCUUCCUUGCACUGAUGGUGCCUUCCCUCAUGUACAGAUACAUACAUGUGAACAAGUACAGCAUAGGCUAACACUAUCACCAGCUAAAAACUGAAAUCAUGUUGAAAUACAUUUCAAGAAAAAACCUAAAAGGCCAAGAUCUAGUAGCAGCUGCAUUAACAUUCAGUUUCUUACUUGAAAAGAUACUUGAAAACAUGCAGUUUAUCCAGAAAUCUUUAGAUAAAUGUGCAAGUAAUAUUCUUAUCUGAGGGCUCAUUUUUCAAUCUUCCUUUACAACAGAAUUAUGUUCUUCUAAAUCAGAAGAAAUCAAAAUUAGAGGAGGGAGCUGUAUUUAGAAGAGAAACAGAAAAUGAUGCCCUGCUCCUGAAUCAGUAAAGAAAAAGCCCUAGGUGAGAAUAAGCCAUAAAACAUGCAAGAUGCCGCAAAGGCACAAGAAUCCAUUCUGCAAACAUCCCCCCCCCCACACACACACACACACACACAUCCCUUUUUCUCCCUUGGUGUAUAAAUUCUCUCACUUAUCUGGUGCUGCGAAAUGAGGCAUCUGUGUAUUGCAACAUUUCAUCUGAAAAAGUUAGGCUUCCCUUCUAGAUUUGCAAGACAACAUGGAACGAGGUAUUGGAAAGGGACACUCUUAGAGCAGACACUGCAGCUCAUACAAUGGGAUCCUGCUAUUAUGCUACUUCUACCUUAUCUAUCAUAGGGAAUAUGUAUCGAGUUUAGAUCUGCAGAGACAUAAAGCGACAUAGAUAGGAGGCCUUCUACCAAUUCCAAACAAGAACAAAGGAAAUACAGGAAGCAUCAAGCAGGAAAGUUUACGUUUAAAUUCAGUGUAAUUCUUUUGAGAGACAAUGAACCUAUUUCAGUUCUACAUUUAAGUGAGCACUCUGCAGUUGUUGACAUAGUUGCCUUUUAACAGGAAACAGGUAGAAAUCUGUGAAAGGCCAGCCAACAGUUUAACCCAACAUAAAGAAACUCUUCGACUGCAUGGUAUACCUCAGUUUCAGGCCUGGUUAAGGAUGGAUUAAAAGAGUGUACACAUGUGGCAAGAUUCUGACCACUUCAUUGUUUACAUACUGAUGGCAACUUACCAACAGCAUGUUUCCAGCAUAUGUUAAGCAGUAGCAAGCAAAAGCUCCUAUACAAAUGUUACAUAUAAGCAGUUUAAAGGGAAUUAUCAGGUCCCAAUUCAGGAAGAAAUGAUAGAACAGCCAUGACCUAAAACUAUACUGAUGUGUAAAAUAAGUUUUAGUUGCCUGUUCUCUUCCACUGCUUUUAGUCACGGAGCUUGAGAACUAAAAGGAAGCAGGUGAAGCCCUGAUCCAGAAUCACUGGAAUGAAAGCAAAACUAGACCCCAGAACUCCCAGCAAUUUAAUACCUGUGCAAAUAAUUUGCACUAAAGUAACACCAUCUUGAAACUCUACUUUGAAGUACCACUGAAUUUCUCCUUCCAGAAAAAUAGGGCUCCUUCCAGUCCUAUCUUUAGCUCAGAGCAUUCUGAAGUUUGCUAAUAUCCUUUGCCUGAAGCCAGCAUAGUCUACAAGAUUGCUGAUUUGGGCAAAAAAUGGAGCUGGAUUAGGUAACCUCUGUGUUAAUAGGUGUGACUGAUUAACAUUUUUGUAUCUAGGAAGAGAAGCUUUACUUUUUUAAAGUAAGACUUUAAUACCCAUUAAACUUUGAAAAAUACCCCAUAAAGCAAUUAACAGAUCCAAAAACACAAAUGUCACUUAUGCCAAAAUGUAGAUCUUUAGAAAUGCUAUGUGAAGUCUUUUGUAUCAGUACAUUGUAUUGUUUGUAAAAUGAAAGCAUUGCCCUUCGUAUUUUACUCAAGAGUUUUCAUUGCAAUUCUCUAAUUACAUAUUUGAUUUCCUGAAGCCUGUUUGAAUGUACAAGUCAUGGAAAUACCACUUUAAUAAGUCACAUUGAACCUCUGUAUGUAUGUAGCAGGGAAGUGUCUUUUAUUUGUUCAAUGAUUAUAGCAACUAUCAUCUGUUGUGUUUUUUUUACUUCAAGCUUGUAUUUUUUGGCUUUUACGUUCAAAUUUUGUUUAUGGCUUUAUAAAUAAAGUAAUCUACCAGAUUGUUCAUUCAAAAAUGGGCAACUGGGGACUAUAAUCCCAUAAAAAUGA